UCCGCAUGCGCAGUGCGCAGUUUAAGACGUACAUGAACGUGUGAACAAUAACUACAUGUGUUUGCAGUGUUGGUCGAUGAUACUUCUCAUCUUAAACUGUGGCUGUUAGAACAAAAACAUGGCGAAAUCAGACGAUAAAAAACUCGGAGAAAUAAAUGGCAAAGCUGUUGCUGAUGAGGUUGUUGAAGAGGAUGACAGCAAAACUGAUGGAAAGAUCGAGGCUGUCUCUCCACCUGACAUUGGAGGAGGUACAGGGGAGGAAGUUCCUACUGAAAGUACAGACAUGACAGGAGAACAGAAGAUUAAUGACGAGGGCAAGGAAGAGGCAAAUGAUGAACAAGAUCCUCAGAUGGACACACCUGUGGCCAAGAAAGAGGAAUGUACAAGUACAGUAACAGUAACCUGGGAGACAGAGAAGAAUGUGGAAGAAGGUGAUGGUGUCAAAGAGAGUGGAAGUGAUCAAGACAUUGUCGAAGAAGAAACGGAUGCUGUUAAUGGGAAAAGAAAGGCAGAGUCUGAUGCUGAGACCUCCUCAUCAAAGAAAGCAAAGACCAACGAUGGUUAUCGUCUUCAUGUCGGCAAUUUGAACGCCUCAAAGAAAUUUGAAGAAAUCAAAGAUUCAUUAGCAAGUUACUUCAUGGCACAAAGUCUCCUUGUUCAGGACAUUACAUUGGACAAAUCCAGAAAAUAUGCAUAUGUAGAUUUGGUCUCAGAGAUGGACUUGAAUAAAGCUUUGACGUUAAACGGAGAGAUCAUCCUUGAUAAGCCAAUGAAGAUUGCAGAAGCAAAGGUUAAAGAGGAUAAGGUGAAGGUCAAAGAUCCCGCAGAAGAGAGAAAAGAUAAAGAUGCCAGGUGUUUGUUUCUGAAGAAUGUCCCCUACACAGCGACAAAGACGGACAUUUUAAAACUCUUUCCCAAGGCUACUACCGUCCGAUUUCCCGGUGGAGAUAAAGGCCCGACCACUGGCAUUGCCUUUGUGGAGUUUAAAAACAAAGCCAUCACCGAUACCUUCCUUGAAAAUAAAAAUGAGAUAAAGCUCCAAGAUCGUGUUUUGAUUGUGGAUCGUGUAGGAGAACAGAGUGCUUUUAAAGGCAAAAAAGCUCCAGCUGAGAUUGCUCCAAAUGCCACCCUGUUUGUAAAUAACCUGGCCUUCAAGGUGAAGGAGAAGACCCUGAAGAAAGUCUUUCAGAAAGCUGUCAGUAUCAAUUUAGCUAAAAAGAACGGCAAAUCCAGAGGAUUUGCAUUUAUUGAGUUUGAAAAUGUGGAGGAUGCCAAAAAAGCCAAGGAAUCAUUGCAGAGUAAAGAACUGUUUGACCGAGCUAUCAAUGUAGAAUUCUGUGGGAAUAAAGCAAAAGCUGCAAAUAAGAAAGUUCUUUCAAAGACAUUGAUUGUGUCAGGCCUCGCGAAGGAGACAAGUGAAGAGACUCUGAAAAGUGCUUUUGAAGGGGCUUUAAGUGCAAGGGUCACUCUUGAUAAAGAUACUGGGGUUUCUAGAGGGUUUGGAUUUGUGGACUUUGGGAGUGAAGCUGACUGUAAAGCAGCCAAAGAGGCUAGAGACAUUUGCGAGAUUGAUGGCAGCAAAGUGACUAUAGCUUAUGCGAAACCCAAAGAGGAACACAGGCCCCCAGGGAUCAGAGCAGACUCUGUCACAGCUUGUAGAGGAAUGUUUGGUGGUCGGGCACGUGGAAGGAGAGGAAGCUUCACAGGUGGAAGACGCGGUAGAAGAGGAAGAGGAUGGGGCUUUGAGAAGUGAUCUCAGGCUGAUGCAAAACAAGAAGUUAAAGGAUAACUUGACUUGAAUGGAACGUAAAGACGUUUUUGUAACAUAUCCAAAAGCCUGUCAAAUGGCUUUUCCAGCUUGCUCCAGUUGGUGAAAAGCAGAUUGCUUGUCUCUCAUAUUUGGUGUUUAUCCGUUUAUUCUACUACAUUAUUGCAAAGACGUGUAAAUGACCUCUGAAUGGAUUUUAACGUGGCAACUUUCAAUUUUAGUGCUUGUGUAAUUUUUUUUUUUAGUUUUAUAAUUCUGUUAAGAUGACUUAGGAUUAUCUUGUUAAUAAUUCUGUAAUGUCUUCAAUAAAGUUACAUCAAAUAAUUUUCUUU